AUGACAUUGCGUGGAUUGUAGUUCCAGUUGCUACUGUGGCGAUACGCCUGAACCCUACAAAAGGAGGAAGCCGAAUGUAUAAAUAAUCCAAUAAAUAGAGGAGCCACUGGAUGAAUUAUGUCUUCAAUUGGACAGAUAAUUUUCUACAGUAUGGUUGUGCUCAUCAUCGUCUUUUCUGCACUCAUCAUCAUCUUUCUAUCUAUAGCAGGGGUAAGGGGCACCCAGGGGAGUGUGGAGAGCAAUGAUACCUCACCAGUGGGCAACUUGGGCGAGGAUGUGGUCCUGAGCUGCUCCCUGACCUUGGCUUCAGCUAGUGAUGUGGCCAUCACCUGGACAAAGAAGGGCCUGAGUGGGGUGGUGUACCGAUAUGCUAAUGGAGCUGCACAGCUGGAGGAGCAGAAUGCCCAGUUCAGAGACAGAACACAGCUCUUUACAAGUGCAGCAGCAACAGGAAGUGCAUCUUUGUUGCUGAGCAGUGUGCGAGUGAGUGAUGAGGGGCAGUACAUCUGCAGUGUGAGUGCCUCCAGAGGCAGGGGCAUGGUCACAAUACACCUACGAGUCGCAGCUUUUUCAGCUCCAACUUUUUUGAUAGAGGGGGUGGAUAUUUUGACUGCAAAAGCACAAAAAUGGUCCCCAAAGCCAAAUGUAACCUGGAUGGAAUUUAAUGGUAAGAUACUGAACGGGAACACCAGCUUCAGCAACAACUCUGCUGGGAUUUACAAUCUUGUCAGCUCUCUGCAGCCAGUCACUAAUUCCACCUACUCAUGCCUCAUCCAAAACUCUCUUGUGAAGGCCUUCUCUGAAGCAACUAUUAAAGGUACGGAGAUAUUCGAGAGGACCGCCUUCGUCUACACCUCCACAUCAACCUCACUGAGGCCUGAACUACUGUCCGUUAAAGCUAGUUUCAUUCUUUGGAUUUGUCAGCGAGGCUAAAUACAUUUAACAGCAGAUACAAUUGAACAUACACGGAUCAGUCAUAACACAUAACAUAACUAAGACAGCCCUUUCCCGAUGAAGCAUGGACUCCACUAGACAUCUGAAGAUGUGUUGUGGUAUCAGGCACCAAGACGUUAGCAGUAGAUCCUUUAAGUCCUGUAAAUUGCAAGGCAGGGCCUCCAUGGAUCGGACUUGUUUGUCCAGCACAUCCCACAGUAUAGAUAGUCCACAUAUUUAAAUUUUAGGUCCCUAUAUGUUUAUUGUAUGCAACUUCCUGCCAAAGCAAAUUCCUUGUCUGUGCAAACUUUCAUGGCGAAUAAAUCCCAUUCUGAUUAUGAUUAUGAGAUGCUCGGUUGGAUUGAGAUUGGAAACCAAGCCAACACCUUCACCUAUUUGAGUUCUUCAAACCAUUCCUGAAAAUGUUUUGCUUUGUAGCAGGGCACAAUAUCCUGCUGAAAGAUGCCACUACCAUCAGGGAUACUGUUUCCAUUAAAGGAUGUACAUGGUCUGCAAUAAUGCUUUGGUAGGUUGUAUGUGUCCAAGGAACAUUCACAUGAAUGGCAGGACCCAAGGUAUACCAGCAGAGCCCAAAGCAUCACUGUCACGGCCACAGCCGUGCCCCCCUGUUGUUUUUGGUUUUGCCCUGUCCUAGUGUUUCCCUGUCAUUGUCUUCACCUGUGUCUCGUUCUCAUUAGCGUCAUUGUGUCCACCUGUGUCGUUUGGUUCUGUGUAUUUAGGUUUCUGUUUUGUGUCCAGUCUUUGUCUUGUCAUUACUACUACCUGUCCGUGUGAGUACCCUAUCUGUUCCCCGGUUUGAGAAAUA